GCAGCCACUAGCUCACAGCCUCGUCCAAAUGGCUUUAAAUUAGCGGCUCCUGGACGUUUUUUAGCCCCGGUUUCCCGUCGUUCCAUUCGGCAUCCUUUCUUCCAUUUCCGUGCUUCCCGAAGACUUCCAGAAAUGCAGCUGAAGCACCUUAAAACUCUUUUACCGCCUCAGGAGGGGGCAGCCAAAGUCACCUGCAUGGCCUGGUCUCCCAAUAACAUGCGCUUUGCUAUAUGCACUGUGGACAGAGUGGUGCUGCUAUAUGACGAGCAGGGAGAGAGGAGGGACAAGUUCUCCACCAAACCCAUCGACCCCAAGUUUGGAAAGCAGAGCUACGUGGUGAACGAUAUGGCGUUUUCACCAGACUCCACUAAAAUUGCCAUUGCUCAGUCGGACAACAUCAUAUUCGUCUAUAAGAUUGGAGAGGAAUGGGGUGACAAGAAAACCAUUUGCAACAAGUUUGUACAGAAUAGCGCAGUGACCCGAGUCCUGUGGCCCACAGACCACCCCAUAGUUUUUGGUUUAGAAGACGGAAAGGUGCGUUUGGCGAACACACAAAUGAACAAAUCUUCAACCAUCUACAACACCGACUCCUGCGUCGUAUCCCUCGCCUCAAAUGUGUCUGGGAAAGGGUUCCUGUCAGGACAUUUUGAUGGGACCGUGGUGAGGUAUUUCUUUGAUGACGAAGGAUCAGGAGACUCACAGGGUAAGCUGCUGGUUCACCCGUGCCCUCCGUACGCUCUGGCCUGGGGCUUGAACAGUUUCUUGAUUGGUGGAUAUGAUCAGAGGAUUGUGGCGUACAGCAGAGAGGGGCACGUGCUGCAGACGUUUGACCACAGCCGUGACCAGAGUGAGAGGGAGUUCAGCGCAGCAGUGUCGAGCCCCAGCGGUCAGAGCGUGGUGUUUGGCAGCUACGACAGGCUGCGAGUGUUUAACUGGGCUCCGCGCAGAGGCAUGUGGGAUGAGGCCAAACCUAAAGAGAUCCCAAAUCUGUACACCAUCACCAGCCUGGCCUGGAAGAGGGAUGGCUCCAAGCUCUGCGCUGGGACUCUGUGUGGAGGAGUGGAGCUGUUCGACUGCUGUCUGAGGAGAACCAUCUAUAAAAACAAGUUUGAGAUGACCUAUGUGGGACUGAGCCAGGUGGUGGUGAGGAACCUGUCGACAGGUGCCCGGGUCAUUCUGAAGUCAUAUUACGGAUAUGAGAUCGAGGAGGUGAAGAUACUGGGCAAAGACAGAUAUUUAGUAGCUCACACGUCAGACACGCUGCUGCUCGGAGACCUGCUCACCAACAAACUCAGCGAGGUGGCUUGGCCCGGGUCAGGAGGAAAUGAAAAGUUCUUCUUUGAAAAUGAAUCUGUGUGUAUGAUUUUUAAUGCCGGGGAAUUGCGUCUGGUGGAAUACAGCAACAAUGAGAUCCUUGGCUCAGUCCGGACCGAGUUCAUGAACCCUGACCUCAUCAGUGUGUGUCUGAAUGGGAGGAAGCGGAGUGGAGCCGAGGACAACAAGAAACUGGCCUAUCUCAUCGACCUUAAAACCAUUGCCAUCGUGGAUCUCAGAGGAAGGUGCACUCUGGCGACCAUCAGCCACGACUCCAAGAUUGACUGGUUAGAACUGAAUGAGACCGGGAAGAAACUACUCUUCACAGACAAGAAACUCAGGCUGCACUUGUUCGACCUGGCGUCCACUCUGAAGUGCACUCUUUUGGGCUUCUGUUCGUUCGUGCAGUGGAUCCCGGGCAGUGAUGUGGUGGUGGCUCAGAACAGAGCAAACCUGUGUGUGUGGUACAGCAUCGACAGCCCCGAGAGUGUCACUAUGUUUCCUAUAAAGGGGGAUAUUGUGGAUCUGGAGCGCACUGAGGGAAAAACAAAUGUGAUCGUCUCUGAGGGUCUGAACACAGUCACGUACACUCUGGAUGAAGGCCUCAUCGAGUUUGGAACAGCCAUCGAUGACGGAGACUACGACCGAGCGACAGCGUUCCUGGAGACAUUGGACAUGACAACAGAGACCGAGGCCAUGUGGAAGACUCUGAGUAAACUAGCUCUGGAGGCGCGGCAGCUGCACAUCGCAGAGAGGUGUUUUGCUGCUUUGGGAGAUGUUUCUACUGUUCGAUUUCUUCAUCAAAUCAACCAAAUUGCAGACAAAGUAGAGAAAGAGAUGGGAGGAGAUGGCACGACAUAUUACCAGGUUCAAGCUAAAGUGGCCACUCUGGACAAGAACUUCAAACUGGCAGAAAGAUUCUACAUGGAGCAGAACGCUGUGGAUGAGGCCAUAGAGAUGUAUCAGGAGCUGCACAUGUGGGACGAGAGCAUCGCUGUGGCCGAGGCAAAGCGCCACCCGGAGCUGGAGAACUUGCGGAGGAGUUACAUGACAUGGCUCACAGACACGGCUCAGGACGAGAAGGCCGGAGAGGUGAAGGAGGCAGAAGGGGACUUCUCAGCAGCUGUGAACCUUUACCUCAGAGCAGGACUCCCAGCCAAAGCUGCCAGAGUUGCCCUCAGUCGAGCCGAAUUUAUCAACAACACAGAGAUGGUGAACCGCAUCACCAGCAGCCUCAUCAAGGCCGACUUUUACGAACGGGCAACAAAUUGA